AGAAAACAGUUACAUCAACUACUGAACUGGUUAAUGUUUUUAAUGAUUAUUUUACCGAUGUUGGUCCUAAACUUGCUGAAAAAAUUGAAUACGAACACAACUGUAGCUUUCGAGAUUUCAUUCCUCAACAUGAACCAGUUGAGAGAUUUAUUUUCCAACCUGUAAAUGUUGCAACAGUUUAUAGACUUAUAACCAAAUUAACUAUCUCCAAAGCUACAGGUAUCGACGAAAUUUCAGCUAAAGUAUUAAAGGCUGCAGCUCCUGCUAUUGCAGAGCCUUUAACAAGGAUUUUUAAUAUGUCUAUUGCCACUGACAGAUUCCCGAUGGAGUGGAAAGCAGCACGAGUAACUCCAAUUUUUAAAAAAGGCCAACGGACUAUGUUAGACAAUUAUAGACCAAUUUCAAUUUUACCUGUGGUCAGCAAACUGAUGGAAAGGAUUCUGUACGACCAAAUGUAUAAUUAUUUAAAGAAACAGAAUGUUCUUUCAGAACAUCAGUUUGGUUUUAGACAAUUUCAUUCCACAACUACCACACUUUUAGAUUGUACUAAUGAAUGGUAUAUUAACAUGGACCGUGGCCUAUACAACAUAGUUGUUCUUCUCGAUUUAAAGAAAGCAUUCGAUACUGUCAACCAUGAAAUUCUUUUACGCAAGUUCGAACG